UGUAACAUUACACAUACGUUGUAUUUUAAGAGUUGAAGAAGCCAAUUGAACUCCUUAGUUUUAAUGAAAACAAUAAACAACAUUUAAAAAUAUGAGUUUUGCACCUGAGUUACGAACUCAUGCACAAAAAGUAUGCACCCUUUAUAAGAAGUGUAUGCGAACUAUUGAAAGUUAUUACAUAGCUAGGUUCAUAGUUCGCUACCAUCAAGUGCUUUUGAGAAAACAGUUUGAUGAUAAUAAAUGCGUCAGUGAUCCAAAGGAACAACGUCGUUUGUUACGAGUUGGAGAACGCGAGUAUUGGCUUAAAAAAGAUCCUCGUCCUUUGGCUAAAUUUCCGAGAUCGGUUGGGCUUGCCGGCGGCGUUGCUUACGGCCGCGUUGUGACACCUCCAGACUGGGUUCUUGACUAUUGGCACCCAUUGGAGAAAGCACAGUAUCCAGAAUAUUUUGCUAGACGUGAGUGCAGGAAGAACGAGUAUGUUGAAAAGUGGUAUAAGGGCACUUUGAUGUAGUUUAAAGUAAAUGGUUGCUGUACUUUAUGUUAUUCAUAUUCUGGCUAUUUAAUUAUAAUUAAUAUUGUACAAUUGUCUUU